AUGGUGCUCGACGAAAUCAAAGGGAGGGGUGUUGAAGAUCGAUUGAAGGAGAUUGCGAGCUUGCUUUCCAGCGAACCCUUCUCGUUCCAGCAGCAGCUCGUCCCGGCAACAAUCCGUCAGAAGAGCGACAACAUCAUCAGUCGGCUGGAAUGGGGUUCAGCAGUUUCGAUUUGUGGGAUAAAAGGAAGAGAAUGGUGGGUUUGGGUGGUGCUUCAUCUACCGGAGGGGAGAAGAGGCUCCGAUGGCCAUUCAGAGAGGUGGGAUGGCGACGAUGUUGCCUUGGCUCGCCAGCAGUCGCCUUCGAUGGAGGAUGUCCCCGACGGAACUGCUUUGACCUCCGGAAAAGGAACAAAGAAGAACGAAGGGGGUAUGAAUUAUGAUGGCCGGAAAACUCCAAUUCCGGUGGUUCUUCUUCCACCGUGAGAGAGAGAUGGAGAGAAUGGAGUGAAUUGUUGUAGAAGGAAGAGUGUCAGGGAGGGUAAGACAACUUGUUCCAGCUAGUUGUGAUCUUAUUCCCGAUUUUUUAAGGUGAAAUUGAUGAUGGAUUGUGUACUAAAAUCUUUGGAUGAUCUUGUAGAGUACAUUUCUUUGCAUUACUGGUUUUUAUUUAAACAUGUGGGUGUUUUUGUGUGUGAGAAAACUUGUCAAAUAUGUAUCUAAAAUACAUGUAUCUCUUCAUGUAUUUGGUUGAAUUGUUAUUAGGCUUGAUAUGUAUUAAUAGUUUCCUUAGUAUCAUGU